UUUAAUUUUCCUUCCUCCCUUCCUUUCCUCUUCUGGCCCGGUGUUGUAGCCAUGAGAGUGUCAGGAAUUGGCACAGGAGUGCACCAGGGCGCAUGCUCUCGGUAGCUCACAGCAGCCAGAGCCGGGGGCUUAGUUUAAUAAGGAGCGAGCCGAGCGACAGACAAGGAAGAAGGCGACGGCGGCAGCGGCAGCAGUACUAUCAGCAGGCGGAAAAAAAAAAUUAAAAAUAAAAACAAAUAAGGAGCCCACAGGGCGAAAGCGAGCGAAGGCGUCCGCCAUGGGCUUUCCUUUCCUGCGCGCAUUCUCCGUUUCUUCAUGAAUUAGAGCGGAGAGGGUGGGGGCGGGGAGAGCUGAAGACACCCCAAGGCCCCCAGGCAUGGCCAAUUCGUGUGCUGUUCAGGUGAAACUGGAGCUUGGCCAUCGAGCCCAGGUGAGGAAGAAACCCACCGUGGAAGGUUUUACUCACGACUGGAUGGUAUUUGUUAGAGGACCCGAGCAUAGUAACAUUCAGCACUUUGUGGAGAAAGUCGUUUUUCACUUGCAUGACAGCUUCCCUAGGCCAAAAAGAGUGUGCAAAGAUCCACCGUACAAAGUUGAAGAAUCUGGAUAUGCUGGGUUUAUUUUGCCAAUAGAGGUUUACUUCAAGAACAAGGAAGAACCGAAGAAAGUCCGCUUUGACUAUGAUCUGUUCCUGCAUCUGGAAGGACACCCACCUGUAAACCAUCUUCGCUGUGAAAAGCUUACUUUCAACAACCCAACAGAGGAGUUUAGAAGAAAGCUGCUUAAAGCUGGCGGGAUCAUGGUUAUGUCAGAUGGAACAUCAGUUGCUUCAGGGCAAAGUCUUCAUCUCCCUAAUCUUCCCACUAAUUCCCUGUCUUUUUCUGAAGUGAAGAAAAAAUCAUCUCAUGGGCCAAAGGAGCUGAGCAAGAGUAUAAACACUAGUAGCAGCAGCAGUAGUAGUAACAGUUUUUCAAAGCCCCAUAAAUUAUCAAAGGAGCACAAGGAAAAAUCUUCAAAAGACUCAAAAGAACAUAAAAGUGCCUUCAAAGAACCUUCCAGGGAACACAACAAAUCUUCCAAAGAAUCCUCUAAAAAACCCAAAGAAAACAAACCACUAAAGGAUGAAAAAAUUGUUCCUAAGAUGGCCUUCAAAGAGCCCAAACCUAUGUCAAAGGAGCCAAAAUCAGAAAAUAACAUACUGACCAUAAGUGGUGGACAGCAACAAGAAAAGAAGGCUGCUUCCAAAAGGCCUCCUGGUCUGGAUUCUGAGGACUUUGCAGCCAAAAAGAAGAAGAAAAGUGGAUCUGAGGCUUUAUUUAAAAGUUUUUCUAAUGCUCCCCCACUGAUACUUACCUGCUCCAGUGUGGAGAAAAAACAGACAAAAGAUAAAUCUCAGUUUAAAAUUGGGAAAGUUAAAAUGGAAACUGAGCCCCUGGAGAAAAAGAAAAAUACAUUGCCACCUUUCGAUGAUAUUGUGGACCCUAAUGAUUCUGAUAUGGAGGAGAAUGUGUCUUCAAAAUCAGAAUCCGAGCAACCCAGCCCCGCAAGUUCAAGUUCCAGCUCUAGCUCCAGUUUCACACCGUCACAGAACAGCCGACAGCAAGGUCCUUUGAGGUCUAUAAUGAAAGAUCUGCAUUCUGAUGAUAAUGAAGAUGAAUCUGAUGAAGCAGAUGAGAAUGACAAUGACUCUGAGAUGGAAAGACCUAUAAAUACUCACGGAGGAAGUAGAGUGCGCAGGGUUAGUUUAAGUGAUGGAAGUGACAGUGAUAGCAGUUCUGCAUCUUCACCUCUACACCACGAUCCUCCACCUUUAUUAAAAACCAACAAUAACCAGAUUCUGGAAGUAAAGAGUCCUAUAAAACAAAGUAAAUCUGAAAAACAGAUUAAGAAUGGUGAUUGUGAUAAGGCAUAUCUUGAUGAAUUAGUUGAGCUUCACAGAAGGUUAAUGACUCUAAGAGAAAGACAUAUACUGCAACAGAUUGUAAAUCUUAUAGAAGAAACGGGACAUUUUCACAUCACAAACACUACCUUUGACUUUGACCUUUGCUCACUGGACAAAACCACAGUUAGAAAAUUACAGAGUUACCUGGAAACAUCUGGAGCAUCCUGAGGACAUCAGUUGUGGUUGCAUUAAAAACUGCUGGUUUUUUUUCUUUAAUCUGAAAAAAAAUAAUAAAACAUUCAGAACGAUGCAGCCAUGGUGCAAAAACCCCAACAGCUCUCUUCAGCUUUAUUUUUUUGUUAAAGCCAGUUCAUCAUCUCUUGAUAAAGGAGAAGAAAAAUGACAAGCCUCAGCGAAUUGCUCUCCUCACCAAGGAAAUGCUCUGGAAGAGUUAGCCUGGAUAGCCUUGAAAAAAAAAAAAACAAUGAAUGUGUAUGGUAUCAUGUGUCUCUCUCUGUGGUACUCCAGGCCACAAGAUAAAUGCAUGUUCAACACACUGCCUUAUUACAUAACUGAUCUAUUUAUUACUGCAUAUGCAUAUUCUAACGUCCUUGAGGGAAUGACACUACCAGACACUACAAUGUCCUGUGUCUCACAGAUGCUCCUUGGAUCCAGCACACCACCAUCACGGGCCUUCUGACCUUACUCUUGCUUUGAUGCCACUUUGUCUUGACCUUUUGCUAGUAUGGUGUGAAAACCCCCUGCAUUGUUUGGUCUCAAUUUCUGUGGUUCCCCAAAAUAAGAUACUGGUUGUGGGGUGAGGCAGAAAAGUCUCCUAUCCGUCUUUUUUUUUUUUUUAAUGCUCAGUCUAUUGUAGCAGGAUUACCCAGGUUAUAAUUAACAUUUUCAUUUUGGACUAUAUGUAAUAAAACAAAACAGGAUUCUGACCUACUUCCUAGACUAUAGUCAGUAAAUUAGUAGAACUUUUCUUAAGGGAAAAAAAAACAAAUGUAAUAUGCUAUCCCAAUUCAGAAUUGUUUUCCCGUCAACAUUUCUGCGUCUGUUUUAAGGUUAUAUUAGAAACAAAUAUAACAUUACAAGGAGAUGUUUGCCGUAAGAGGAAUACCAGUUCAGUUUUCACAGUAUAGAAAGUUCUUGAUUUGGAACUACUGUAUUUAUGGCCAAUACGCUGAAAAUUAUUUCUAAAUUUCAUUACUUGUUCCAUACUUCACAUUCAGUUGUAAUAGGGCUCUUAACUCAAUUAAAUAAAUUAACUGGUUAAUCAGAUUAAUUUCAAUUACAUAAUUAAUACAUACUAUGUUUGGAUGUGAAUAAAUGAGUUCUAAACCACUCCCCUACCCCAUCCUUUCUUUUUUUUUAAAAAAAUCUACAUUUGUGUACGUAUAGGGGCCACCUGAGAACUUGUAUUCCUUCCAUUUUUUUCAGAGAUGAUUGGACUUCUUCCAAAAUGUUACAGUAUCCGUCAUACCAUUUAAAACUUUUUAAUGGUAAAAUAAUGUUUGGUUUUUUUUAAGCCAUCUAAUAGAAACAUCUUUUGUUAAUGAAAUUAUCUACUAAACAUUGCUGCCCUAAUUUUCAGAAGUAUUUUUUAAUACUUUAACAAAAGUGAUUUCAUAAAACAGAGUAAAAUUCCAUUUAAAGAAAGAGGGCAGAAAAAAGGCCUUCUCUCACUGAAGCCAUUAAAGUAGGGAUUUCAAGUGAUACCCUGAUAGAAGAUGUUGCUUAAGGACUACUUUUGGAUCUGAAGGAUUUGUUAGCCUUUUCAAAAUAAGCUGUGCUUGAAAGGCUGUUGUAUAUCCAAUUGCUGCUUAGUUACCAGAUUGUCAUCUGUUGCUACAGAAUCAUCCUGCAGAAUCAUCUAAUGGAUUUCCUUGUUCUAUGCGCACAGUAUGUUGCAGUAUGAAAAAUUAAGUUCGUAGUAAGGUUAUUUCUUCAUAAUCAAAUGGGAAUUCUUAACGUUGUUUCUUUAAGUCCAAAGAAAUUGUUUCCUUUUGUGUAUGUGUAUGUAUGUGUGUGAAUGUGGUUUUUUUUUAUUAUUUUUAAAUUAAAAUAUUUGACCUAUACUACGGAAGUCUAUCCUAGGCUUUCAAAAGAACAAGUGUACUUUUCUUCAGUAAUGUUAUGACUCUUAUUGAUGAUUGGCAUGAAACAUACUUGAAGUGUUAUGUUCUUUUUUAAGUCCAACUGUUAAAUGUGCAAUUGUUGGGAUGGGAGGUUUUUGAAAUCUUUUGACAUCAGGCGUAUGAUGUGAUCUUGGAGCGUGGCGGGAGAUGUUUGAGUGGGUUUUUUACAUUUUUGUUAGCAUUUUUAUAUGAAAUGUUUUAAAACCUAAAGCUGUCUUUCAACUUUUUUUAACAGUACACAUUCAACACAAUUCAUUUCAAUUGAGCACAAAAUGUGUGCUUUGGGGGAGGGGUCAAUGUUGACUUUUCUAACUAAAUUUUGUGGCAAAAACUCUUGAGAGAUUGUUGGAAGGAGCACAGGCCAACAUAACUUUGACUAUAUACUGGACAUGUGUUUUUUCUUUGUUUUUAAAAAGGCAAAAUAAGUCCUUUGAGCCACAAAAAAUAGUAGCUGAUGUACAGAAUUUGUGGGGGUGGAGGGGUUAUCUAUGUAAAGGGAAUAUUACUGAAAUUACAGUAGACUCUUAACUCUGACUUGCAUGUAGCUCAUCAGUCAUCCUUAUAAAAUGUUAGUUCUCUAGUUUGAUGAGAAUGAGGAUGGAAUAAACACAUUUCAGCUGCAUUUGUGUAUUGAAAGUGAAGAGUGUUUUCCACAAAAUUCUGGUAGAAUAAGAGCUGAUAAGUGGUGUCCUUUUUUUAAAAAAAACAAUUUACUUUAGUUAUUUUGUAUGCUGAAACAAAAUAAAUUCUUUUUCAAUUAA